CAGGUGGUGUAAGUAAAUCUUGACCUUCUGCCUGUGUCACAUUACUAUUGUGCAAAAAUAGGACAUCUCUAUUAGAACUCUAUUCUAUUAAUUUAUGCAUACAUGCGUUUUAUUUGUGCAUUAUAUAUUUUUAUAGAAAACUACUGUCAUAUUUAAAUUUGUAUUUAUAUAUUUUAAAGUUUUUGGACAUUUCACAUUUUUGAGAAUCUUCUCAGCAUCUGUCCAGUGCGCUUCCUGUAGUUCGCCAUCUUGCUUGCUGUGCUAAUUGCUAAAGGCAGAAGAGGCCCAGUGGGACCUUUGGCUGCCCUGAAACGACUCGAUGGAUGUUAGCACAGAGUCUGAGACACUUCCCACCCACACCACUUUUGGAGAAGAUGUGUUGGAACAUGAGCUGAAUCUUUCCAGCUCACACUGUCAGACGGAGAGUGGGGGGAACAUCUUACUACAGCUGCUGGAAUUCAAAACCAAUCUGCUCGAAGCCGUACAGGAGCUGCAUAUUCGGAGGGAUGCAGAAACCCGCUUUGAGGAUCAGAUCAGUAAGCUGGUGUUGGAGAAGCAGGAGAUGGAAUGGGAGAAGGAAUCCCUACAGCAUCGAAUUGAAUCUGUGACAAAGCAACACACUGAGUCACUCACAAAUCUUAAGAAACAGUUUCAGGCCAAAUUAAGAAACACAGAGGAGGAAAAGGGGAAAUAUCAGGUCAUUGCUGAGUUAAAAGACAAGGAGAUUAACAACUUAAAGGAAGAGCUGAAAUCACUGCAGUUGCUGAAGUACAACUUGGAGAAGAAAUCAAGUGAGCUGGAACAGAAACUGGCCUUACAGAGCCGGACAAAGGACGGCCACCUGAGCCAACUGGGAGAGGUGGAGAAAAGAUUCAGUGCCUUGUCCAGGCAGUGUGCCAUGGUCAAGCAGGCCCAUGCCAACCUGGAGCAGAAUGUUGAUGAAGCCAUGAGAAUAAACAAGAAACUGACUUCUGCUAAUGAAAAACAAGCAGCAACCAUUGUGUCACUAAAGAAGGAGUUGGAUGAAGUCAGUAAUGAGCUCAGCAAGGCCAAGAUGACUUCAGUUAGACCGGCCAAACCCUACAGUCCCACAGGCAGAGAGCAGCAUAUACAGCAGCUGCACCAGAAGCUAAAGUUGGAAACUGAAAUGAACAAGAAGCUAAGGGAGGAAAAUGCAACUGAACUAGCAGAAAAGCAGGAGGUGAUACGGUCUCUGCAGCACACCCAGCAGCUGUUGCUGAGUCAGACGCAGACAGUGAGGAGAGUAGAGUUGGAGCUACAGACACAAAGACAGACGUGCGAGGCCCUUAAACAGGAACAUGAGGUGAUGGGAGAGCAAAGCAAGGCAAUGGAAGACAAGGUGGCCCAACUGAUGGAGAGCUAUGCUGCUUCCAAGACCAGCUGGGACAAAGAGAAGACGAAGUUUCUGGAUCACCUCAAGACACAGCAAGAAGCCCUUCAAGCACUGAAAGAGGCUUAUGAUGAUCUUCAUCAGAAACACGCUGAGCUGUCCUUACAGGCCAAAUCACAUGAACAGCACACACAUGAAAUGGAGGUAAGAGACAGCAGCCAGACACUCAGUGUUUCUACCCAUCCCACCUCUGUGGAGGAAGUUAGAGGCGAGGAAUCUGUAAGUGAACGCAUCUCCAGAUCUAAGCUUCCCGGCUUUGGCAGUCUGCAGCACUCUGUCUCCUCUCAGGCCAAAAUUCCAGACCGUUUAGAGGACACAGCAACUGGAACUAAGAUACUUGCCACUGCAGAAACUGAAGGUCAAAAAGUCCCAAAACAACAGUCACAAACAAUAAAAGAGCCUUUAAGCCACCUAAAAAUGCCCAGUUGUCCACUUACCAUGAAUUUCAGCUCGUGUACUUUUUCUGGGACAGGAGCCACAGAGGCCAUAACAUUGAACAAAGGGGUUAACAACUCGAAAAGUGAACACAACCCUGAUGUGCUUUCAGAUCUAACUAAUACUGCUCUCUCUGUGUCUGAUGAUGAUACCCACUUUAUCAGAGGUUGCUCUGCGAGUAGUAUAACUGCAUCGAACUCCGAUUACAGCUCUCUCGGUGAAUCUGCAGAUUUACCAACAAACAUGAAAAAUAAAGGAGACGACACAGGAAUGAAUGAGAAAGAACAUGAGGAGAAGGACAGCGGGAAACAAGGAAAUAGCCAUAGAGAAGAAGAGGAGAAAAAUACAGGACAGCUGAGGAAUAGGGAAGACGAUCAAGGAGAAGAUGUGAAGGAGGGAGGACGUGCUGGAGAAAAGAGAGGAACAGCCAUGGCACAAACAACAGAUAGAAGAAACAGGCGAGAGGACAGUGAGGGGUCAGCAAAGGAUGCUGGAACAGAAACAAAAGAUAGAGCGGAUGGAGCGAAGGAGAGAGAAAAGACAGCAGUGCAGACACCACAAACACAGAUACGAGCCCAGACGAUCACUGAUAUGACUGCUGAAAAGAGCCACACACUGCAGGUCAUUGACUUCAUGGGCGCUGAGCCGCCUGUGGAUGUCUGUAAACCCUCAGACUUCACACAAAGUCUCUGUCAGAAAGUCAGUGAAAAGGAUGCUGAAUGCAAACAUUUGAAGAUCCAUGGUGAGACUGGAAGAGAUGGAGAACUUCAAAGUGUUAGCUCUGAACAACAGGAAGUUUCAAAUUUGUGUCAAAACGAGGUUCAAAGCUCAGACGGAGACACAGGAUCACUAAGUCAGCCUCCCACCAAAAAAGCAGGGGAGCUUUCUGCUGGACUUUCUGAACACCUGAAGCAGUUGAGUACCUCACAGACAGACGAUGCCGCAUCAGCUGGUCACUCAAAUGGUUUUCACAGCGCUGAAAACUUGGGAUCAUGUCAGACACAUACAGAAACACGUACUCCUUCUGAUGUUAUUUCAGAUAUGACGCAAACAAAUGAAAUCUUUGAUGUACCUUUGAGUGAAAAACUGGCAGAACCUGAGCAGCUGCUGGAAAGCUUAGAGCAGAAAGAUGGGCAGUGGAAGUCUGUGGUAACUGUUGAAGGAAAGGGUGAUCCAAGUGUAGAGAACAGAAGAAAAGAUGAAUCAAGUGUAGAUACGAAUGUCUAUCAAACACCUAUGGAAGAAUCCCACUUAAAAGAUGGCAAUGUUAAUAUUACGAUGGGUGCCAUAACCCUUGAUUCUGAGGUAGAAACCAAACACAUGAAAAGUGAGCAUAUAAAGGACACAGAAGAUACAAAGAAGACUAAAAGUGAAACAGAUCCGAAGCUGCCACUCGUUACAAGUCUGGGUCACAAGCAGCCUGAGUUAGGAGAGAAGCUGCUGAGUGAUUGUGGCGAGUUGUCUCUGCCCAGCAAAAAGACUUACAGGCCAUUAUUUGAGUGGGCCGCUGCCGAGAGAAGAAAGUCAAACUCCAGAACAAAGUCAGAUGUCACCAUAGCGCACCAGCCAAUCCAGAAUACAACUGCUGGAUUCCCAGGACAUCCUGCCAGCACAAUAAUACCCAAGCCCCUCAAAAGCAAACACGACAAUGUCCCCUUGGUGAUUAUGAGGGCGUCAGACCUGUUGAAUGCCUCCAGUGUCUGUGGGACCGCACCUUCCCUGAGGAGAAAGCAGCAGGGACUCUGGGAAGCAGUGCAGGAGACCUGCAGAGAGAGAACAGCAGCAGAUACGGAUGGCAGAGCUCCUCCGCCAAGCUGUUCUUUUCCAGCCUCCAGCACAGGCAGCAAACUGUCAUGGCAAACCACUGCAGAGUGUAGCAGAGCUCCUACCUUAGCUGCAGGACCUAGUUCAGAGUCCAACUGGGAACUCUCCUGCUCCCAGGAGAGGGGCGAUCAACAGGAAUCAUUCAGGGCACAGAUCUCCAAAAUCGAACAGUUCCUCGAGACAGAGAGGCUCCGUCUGCCCAAAAGACAACGAACUGAACCAAAUCUGUAGAAACUGCUGGUCGUCUUUAUUCGCUGUCCUAGGUGAGACAUUGUGUGGCACACGUUUGACAGUUAUUGUUAGCGCAGGUCUAAAUGUUCUGAAACACAAUUGCUUUUUAAUAUAUACAUGUGUUACUGAUUCCUUUGAACUGUAUAGUUUCUUCUAACAUUGCUGUUUGAAGUUUAAAGUUUUUUGGGUCAAAUCAUUAAUUCUUCACUUUAUUGUUAUUUUAACAUUUCUGUGCUUUAAAUGGAAAACUGCAGAGUUUGUGUGUUUGUUUCACACGUGUGUAUUUUUAUGUUUUUAAGUGAAGAGAUGAAAAUAAGAUAAGAUAGCCUUUCUAAGUGACAAAUAUACAAUACUACUACUGCUACGUUGGUAAGAUUUUAUUUUAUCACACAGUUGCAUGUGAUUUAAGUAAUUUUAAAAAGGCUCUGAUGUCACAGUGUACAAAUUCCAACAUUUCCAAUCUCUUGUAAUUUCAUUAAAUUACAGGGUUAUCAGUUGUUUUCAAAAUAUUGUAUACAAAGACUUUAGAUACACUACAAGUUUCUGCAGCCUCACUGACACAACACUGACUCAUCAAACCACACAAACAGGACAUCGGUAUGUGUUGAAUGUCUUUUACUGGAAACAUUAUUCACAGUAAAUCAUGCAUUCACAGCAAACAGCUGGAUAAGUAAGGACCAAGAGCGCUGUUGCCCAUUAAAAAGGCUGGGAACAUGCUAAUUAACAUUAAUUAGCAUCAUAGCCAAUCAGUGUGGCAUGUCUCAGAGGAGCUCUAAUUGUGGAGGCACCUUUGGUCUACACCGUGUUGUUUCUGCUGCUGCUGUUGUUGGAGGCAAUUACAACUCGGGACACUCUGGUUUGACUGUGUUUACACCUAUUAAAUUAACAGAAAUAACAGUUCAAAUAACAAUUAGCACUAAAUACCCCAACCCUAAUUAACCAAAAAUCAAUUAGUGAACACACAGUCCAAUUAACACGUACUAACAAGCCUCUCGUUAACUUUAUGUUCCCUGUGAGGAUGAUGGCGGAAAGAGCAUAUGGCCCCACAAGAGCAUGAAGCAGCUGACCACACAUGUUUGGAUUCUCAUUAGUCUGGUUGCUGCUUAUGUACUCUAGACGUGUGGCAUUUGGCUUCAGCUCACUCGCAUCAGGUUAGUUUAAGUGGGUUUGAGAGUGUUGGACAAAGAGGUUUUUGUAGUAUAUAGACUGUCUAGAUGCAAAUUUCUAUUAGCAAACUGAUCUAUUAAUACAUCUGACUGACAUCAGUGCAGUUUGUAGCCCUAAUUUUCAGCUGUCACACAGAUACACAAUGCUUUUUUACAGUAUCACCUUCAGAAGACGAGAUAAUUUCAACAUUAUAAUGUGCUGUUACGCAUUUUUGACUUGGUGAUAAUGUGAAGACAUAAAAAUAUAUUACUUCACUUUUUAAAAAUUACUUUUUUAUUACCUCACUUUUUGUAGGUCACCAUAUUGAUGCAAAAAAAUAUAUAUUUUUUUAAUAUAGCAUAACAACAUAGUAUGUAAAUAUAAUGCAAGCAUAAUACCCAUCUGUCAAUUUUCCAGCACUCAUCUAGGGCCAGGUCACUGGGGCAACGGUCUAAGCAGAGAAGCCCAGUCCUCAUUAUCUUACCUGCAUAAACAGAAUAACGCAAAGUUCAGUGUUGCAAUGCUUCCCGUUUAACUUCUUACCUGUGCCUGAUAUGCAGUGAGUCAAGAGAAUUGCAUGACACUGCCUGAGAGCAUCACUCAUAUAGGGCUAAUUGUUUUGGUUCAUAACGUUAAAUGGACUCAUUCUUAUAUAACGCUUUUCUACUCUCCCAGAGUACUCAAAGCGCUGUAUACAACAUGCCACAUUCACCCAAUUACACCCAUUCUCACAAGCACGGACUCUAAACUAAGUGAUUUUCUAAUGACAUUCACACACAUUCACACUCGGAUGGAUGCAUCGGAGAGCAACUUGGGGUUAGUAUCUUGCCCAAGGAUACUUGGCAUGCAGACUGGAGGAGCCAGGGAUCGAACCACCCACCUUCCGAUCAGCAGGGGACCUGCUCUACCUCCUGAGCUACAGCCACCCCACAUUAGAUUCUGUCUUUAGCUUUAAAUCCGAUACACGGGACUUUGAAGCACAUAAAGAUAUAGUUUUGUUUUCAUUACUGUACUUUGACACUAUGCUGUGAAACAUAGGUUAGCAAAAGUUAACCAUUUGGCUGUGGUAAUUGACCCUUAUGACUCCCCCAUGCCCCAGAGCAUGCCUACCAACAGAUCCACAGCAGACCUUGUUGAAGUUAUAAGAAAAGACUCGAGCUUUCACCAUAUUUCUACUCGCACGCUAAAAUUAACAGCUAACAUUUCAGUGGUGGUAAAAUGGCUCAGCUUGAUCCAUCUUACUACACUUACUGAUAAUGAAUACGUCUGAACCUUAAUGCACUCAUAAAGAAACCUGGAGCAUUUGAGUGGCUGUGCCCAACACUGCUGACCCUUAUCCGUAUUGGGAGGACGGGAGAUGAUGGGAGGAGAGGUGGGGGAGGUGUGGAAUAUAAAAGAGUUAAUUUUAAUGCGCUCGUGGUCGCAAAAACUCAUACACGAUCUAUAUUUCUCACUCAUACAGUUUUUGCCUCUCCUCUUUUACAUAAGCGUGCACAUGGCCACAUACACACAUACAGUCUCUGUUAUGAAGUGUUGGCACUUUGAAACAGUCAAUUACCCUCUGGCUAGGGAGGAUACCUGCUGUUAAUUACUGCUCAGUGUUUUAUAUGGAGCGUAAAUAAAGAGACCGCUGACAUUCACAUUCCAUCAAUGCGUCCCCCAGCUCACACUGCAUUGUGUGUGUGUGUUAUUUGAGUUUAAAAUAACCCUUGUGAGGUAGGAACCAUGGGGAAAAAAGCAUUUUGGAAAGAACGGGUAGAAAUCCUCCAACCUGACCAAAAAGAUGCUGUUUCCCAGUGAAUUUGCCUCAUAAGACUAAAUCCUGAAAUAGUACCCCUGCACAGAUAUGCAGUAUAAUAUAUGCAGUUAAGAUUUUGGUUUAUAGUAAUGUUGAGCUGGGGUUGGCAAUGGCAACCUUCCAUUUUAAACACAAUUUGUUUUUACCCUUCCAUCUACCCCAGCCUCCUCCUUAGUCCUAAAACACAGUCAGUCUUCAGUCCCAAAUGUGAAUCUGAUAAACUUCGAUCAUCAGUUUUUAAUGCAUGUUGACUGUACAGUGAUAAUAACUAUAAUGAAUCAGGGCCAUGAUACAUGUCUAUUAUUGUUUUGUUAUAUCUCCCUGUCAUUGUUAUGAGUUAUGAGUUGGUCCCCCUGAAUUCAUCCCAGGUUAUCUUUAGUUGCAAUUAUACACUGUACAUAGUGGGAAACAUUGGACCACUACUUUGAAGCCACAAAUAAAGGUAUCAUCAUCCUUCUGUCAUAUUGGUAAACUUUUAAUUUGUGUUUAGUAGAGUGAGGUUCUUGAGCCAAAAAUGCCAUUCAUACGUCUCCAUAUAGGGUUUUAAUUAUGAGCCAUAAUGUUGUAGCCAUCUAAAGUUGACUUACUAUAUGCUUCAAAACUGGGAAACAAUGAUAUGUGUCUUGUAGAAAUUGCCAUAAGAUAUCAACAACCAACCAAUGUGAUGUCAGACAAAAUAUCUACUAUAUCCAUAAUCCUAAAGGGAAGCAAAUACAUCUCUGAUUAGUGGAGGUCACUGUUGCCAUGGAAGAUUUUAAAGAUGUGACAAAAAUUUCAGAAACUGUAAUAGCAGUGAUUGCAAUCAGUUGAUGAAGCACUGUACUAUAUCGAUGACGGGGCUAUAUAUAUUACU